UCAGCCGGUUAUUAAGCCGCCGGUUUAGAAGUUUACGCGGAGAGAUGCUGCCGGACAGACUGGUCGUGGCUCAACGUGAGUGUAACGGAGCUGAAUCGGUCGAAUAAAGUAGUGGACGUUUCUGUUGCAGUCGGUCACGGACAGUUUGAGACGUUGGUUCGGACCAUGGUUCAGCGUACGGAGCAUGGCGGGAAGGCGAUUAACACCGGAUCACGCGAGGCAGCCGACACGGAGGACAGCAAGCUGCUUACGGCCUCGGCGUGCAGCUCCGUGCCGCUGAAGCCGGACUGGUGUAAAACGGCGUCGGGUCACAUUAAACGGCCCAUGAACGCCUUCAUGGUGUGGUCCAAAAUCGAGAGGAGGAAGAUUAUGGAGCAGUCACCGGACAUGCACAACGCGGAGAUCUCCAAGCGGCUCGGGAAGCGGUGGAAGAUGUUAAAAGACACUGAAAAGAUCCCGUUCAUCCGGGAGGCGGAGCGGCUUCGGCUCAAGCACAUGGCCGACUACCCGGACUACAAGUACCGGCCCAAGAAGAAACCCAAGACGGACGGAUGUGCGUUUCCUACGGGGAAGCCAGCCGCUCAGUCCACGGAGAAAACCGGCGUCAGAGCCAUCAACAAAAAAACCACGAAGAAGUUAAAACCCAGCAAGCCGGUGGUCGCUCCCGGCCGAGCCAACAGUCACCUCCCGCAGCACCAGCACCUGGACCCACGGUACCGGUACCUGUUGACUACCAGCGUUGAAACCAACAGUUUCAUCAAACGGGAGUUUACCGACGAUGAAGAGGAAGACGACGAAGACGAUUCUGAGGACGAGCGGGAGUUUAAAGCGGUGGAGGAGGAUGAGGACGAUGAUGAUGAUGAUGAGGAGGAGGAGGAGGAGGCGGCGGCUCAUCGCUACAGCCUCGCCAUGGUUCCAACCAGCCUGAGUUCUCGUUCCACCGAACCGGAACGAACCAGCAGGUACGAGUCGUCCGGUCGGCUGCUUUACAGCCUCAAAAACACCACCCGGCAGGGCACCAGCAGCUCCCCCUACCCUGCCUCCGUCUCACCAGCACCCUCGUCCCGGUCCGGAUCCAUCUCCUCUUCGUCCUGCUGCGGGGAGGACCUGGACGAUCUUCCCGCGGAGGGAAGCGACUUCACCCUCAGCCUCCUGGCCGGCUUCCAUGCCUCCUCCGAGCCGUCCAGCUCAUCUUCCAGCUCGGCCCCGGGGAACCUGAGCCUGUCCCUGGUGGAUAAAGACCUGGACUCGUGCAGCAGCGAGGGCAGCCUCGGGUCUCACUUCGAGUUCCCGGAUUAUUGCACCCCAGAGCUCAGCGAGAUGAUCGCCGGGGACUGGCUGGAGGCCAACUUCACGGGCCUGGUGUUCACGUACUGAUCCCACGGAGGGCGAUACCACCCUCUCCUCUGCUCCGGAGCCGGUUCUGGGGUUCUGGCUGUGGAGGACCACAGCUAGUCCGGGACCGGGGUGAUGUGGCUGUCUCUGCCAGGGCACAGUGUGCGUGGAGCGUGCGGCUCUGGGGGACGCGCACCGCGGUACUGAUGCAAAAGGACCAAUAAUAUGAAAUCACCUCGACAGGGUUUUAUGGAUUUAGUUUUCAGUCGCUCGGGUCUGAACCAGGACCCGGACUAUGCAUUCCCGUCCAGACCCAGAAGUGACUUUUAUUAACACUAAUGUCAAGGAUCAACUUUUAAAUGGUUUGGUUUAGUUCCUUCCCAGCAGCAGGACUGGUGUGUGUGCGCCUCCAGCACCUCCGUCCUUUUUAGUUUGGGGCUCUGCGGCUCCUCCAGGUGUCCUGACAUGUUUGUUUGAAACCCAGGCGACCACAGGUUUGGCAGGAACCGUUUUUAAACUUUCCGUAACCAAACAUACCUCAUCUUUUUAAACAAUAUCAAGAAGGAGAACUAUUUUCAGGCUUAUUUUUGUACAGUCCGAGGGAAUGUCACAGGCUUUUCCAGGCAUCUCUUCUACCACUUUUCAUUCAGACUGUUACUUGUUACUGAGCAUGUGAGGGUCACGCCCCUGCAGCCUGCCUUGCUUUAAUGCCUUGCAGUAGUUUUAACCUGAGUGCAGACAGACGGUCACAGUUGGACUGUCUGGUAGAACCGGUACCAGAUCCAAGAUUGUACAUGUUGUGUAAAAUAGUUAAAGAGUAGGAGUCUAUGUAUAUUGUGUGAAUGAGCCCCUGGAAGCAGGAGAACUGGAUUUUCUGUUACGUUUUUACAUCAUCAGUGGCACAUUUUGUGUUUGCUCAUUAUUUUUGUGCAAUAUUAAAAAAAAAGACCAUCCUGAGGGUUUUUGGUAGCAGAGGGGGAAACUGCAUUAACCUGUUCUUCAUGAUGAAGUCUGUAUGUGAACAAGUGAAUAAAUCAGCUGGAACUGAGACUGAU